AUGAAUAAGGCAAUAAAUAAUACUAAUAUCGAUUUAGAUAGUGAAGAACUCGAUCAUAUCAAUAUAGGUACCAUUAAUAAAGUUAGUAGAUCUGAAUUUAUAGGUGGACAACGUGAUUUUAAAGAACUCCUUCAAUAUAUAAUUCCUCAUUUGGUACAAGAAAAUGUUUUGUCUGUUGAUGAUCCAACACUUCAUAUACGAAUUUCUGGAGAUGGUCGUAAUGUAGGUCGAAAGGUAAAACAUGUUAUGAUAACAUUCAUGAUUCUUAAUGAUAUAAAGAAUCAUCAUAUACCUAAUUAUCAUCAUACCGUUAUUUUAUAUCCUAGAGUUGAAAAAUACGAGCCACUUGAGUUUAUAUUAAAUCUAUUGAUUAAUGAUCUUAGAGAUCUUAAAAAUAAUGGAUUAAACAUCGCAAACACUCUUUGGCAUUUUGGAUUAUAUUUUAGUAGUAAUUGGAAAUUUCUUGCUAUUUGUCUUGGGCUAAAUUCUGCAAAUUCGAACCAUUUUUGUGCUUGGUGUCUUUGCUCUAAAUGUGAAAUCGGUAAUAUUAAACAAGAUUGGUGA